CGAAUCAUCGUAAGCGGACUCGACGCUGCGGGCAAAACCACUCUCCUUUAUCAAUGCUUCGAAUCCAACCGCAUCGUAACCACAAUACCCACGAUAGGUAGCCUGAUCCUAGAGACCGUCUCGCACAACGAAACAACAUUCACAUCCUUCGAUGUCGGAGGCAGCGGAUCCACUCGUAUGCUUCGCAUGCUGAAGUUCGGAUACAAGAUCUUUGAUGACUGCUGUGGCGUCAUCUGGGUGGUUGACUCAAAUGAUCGCGAACGUAUUCCGGAGGUCAAAGAGGAGCUGUGGUCGUUCUUGAAUGAGUGGCUGCCGGGUACGGCGCCAAUCUUGGUGGUCGCGAAUAAGCAGGAUUUGCCGAAUUCGAUGUCGGUUGGUGAUAUAAAGAGGGAGCUGAGGUUGCAUGAGAUCAAGGGGAGGCUAUGGCACGUCCAAGGAACUAGGGCGCUCCCGAGAGAUGGACUCGUCGAAGGUCUGGAAUGGCUUAGU